UGGUGGAGCCGGUGCUUCAGCUGGUUGCUGCCGGAGGAGUCUCUUCUCCUACCUGAGCGUUGUUCCGCUCUCAGUGCCUAGGUCUGGGCAUGAGUCGCCACCGUAGUCGCUGUUGCUGCUGCUCCUGCGCUUGCUGCUCCUCACCUCUUUUGGCUGCAUCUUCCUCCUGUUGCAGCGGCCCCGGCGCCGUUACGGCCGCAGAGUCCCCGCGCCCGACUGACAGAUACAAACUAGAGAAUAAAGACAACAAUCCUCACUACUCUGUUAAAAUGAUAUGUGACUUUAACUGCAACCAUGUUAAUUCUGGGCCUGUAUUGGCAAAGCCUGAGAUUAGCAAAAAAAUGGAAUCUGGUACUCCUGAAUAUUUGGAAGAUUUUUGUAAAGAUUGUCUUAAAGAUGAUAGAAGGCUAUCCUACAGUGGACCUCAGAACGUAAGCCCCAGGAUGGUAGAACCUAGAACUGAAAAUGGGCCACUGCACAACAAGGAAAAUCAAGCACUGCAGAGGCUUGAUGCCUCGAGUGAAUCGGAAGAGUUGGAGAGCAGUAGACUUUAUGAAGACAGUGGCUACUCUUCGUUCUCUCAUCAAAGCAGUCCUGGUGAACAAGAAUAUAAUAGCCUUCUGUUGUCUCGGAAUUUCAUCGUCAGCCCCAAACCCUGCCUUCUACAAAACCAAAGCACAGAACAGUUUCCAAAUAAAAACUUGUUGCCAAUCCUUCAUUUUGAGGAAGUGGUUUGUUCAACUUUAAAAAAGAAUGCCAAAAGAAAUCCUAAAGUAGAUUGGGAAACUGUGGAAAGAAUAGUUGCCCAUGGAGAUUUUGGCCUACAUAAUGUAAUUGGUAGAAAAAUGGGCUUAGAUCGACUGGAUAUUCUCAGUGAACUCUUCCAGAGGGGACUCAGACAUAUUUUGGCAAAUGUUUUAAAAUGCCUCAGUGAGAUGGACUUGAUCAAUGUGGCCAAAGUGAGUGCAACAUGGAAGAAGAUUCUGAAAGACAAUAAAGGGGCUUUCCACUUAUAUAGUUCAGCAAUGAAAAAAGCUACUGAAAAUACUACCAAAUUUUCAGCUCAUGCUGCAACUAGAGAAUAUGUUCUAGUAAGGGCAGCAUUAGCUUCUGUUCAAAAAUCAACGGUCCAGGCUCCUGGUGCAUCCAAAAAAGGAUCUCGGCCCAAAUUAUCUGAUCAGGGAGUUCAGGGAGUUUCUACGUACAGCCGGCACACUGAGUUUUCUGAGGUUGCCAAGACCUUGAAAAAGAAUGAAAGCUUAAGAGCCUGUAUUCAUUGCAGCUCACCUGCAAAAUACGACCCCUUUUUGCAGAGGGCAACAUGCAACCGAGAAAGCUGUGGCUUUGAUUUUUGUACAAAAUGUUUAUGCAGCUAUCAUAUCACCAAAGACUGUUUAAAUGAAAAACCCCUAAAAGCAAACUCCAAAGUGGGGCCUCUUCCUGGUAGUAAAAAAAGCAAAAAGAAUUUGCGGAGGUUAUGAUCUUUUGUUAUAUCAGUUGCAACUAGCAAACUGUAAAAGUUGAAUUGGAGAUGUUACAUUAGGUGACCAUAAUAUGCUUCUAUCAGAAGUCUUUAUUUUCAAUUAAAAAAAAUAGUAAAUAAAUAUUUUUUCAAUUCUACAUGAAAAUCAAUUUUUAAAAACAAAACAUUUCAGUGAAUUUUUGGAACUUGGUAGCUUUGGCAUGUUUUUUUUUAAUCUACUGCAUUUAUUACCAAAUGAGAAUCCCAAUACAAAAUUCCAGAUUGCAUUUAUUUAAAAGGAGACUGAAACAGGUUACAGUCAAAAAGAGCUUUAUCUAGGAUAUCUUUAUAAAAGUACUUUGGAGAUUCCUAUCAAAAGAAUGCAGUAUAGCUAAGCUCUAUUUAAACAUGCUAUUCAUUUUCUGCAGUUAAUGUAAUACCUGAAUUUUAAAAAAUGUAUUUUAUAUCCUUAUCCCCUCUUUAUUUUUUGAGGCACUAUUUGGCUACCAAGUAAAAGUAACUACAAUUGUAAUAUAAAUAUCAAGAAUUUGUCUAUAUAAUUGUUAUUGCUGUUUUUCAAUGUCAGUGAGUCUGAAAUUCCCUCCAGUUAUUUCCAAGUGAAAGGGAGGAAUGUCUGUCAACUGUGGUCUUGUUUUCUUCUCUAAAAUCUGUUUUUAAGACUUUUUGUACAUUUGUUAUAUAUUUUUCCAUAUUUUAUGUGUUUGUAUAAUAAAAAUUAAAUCCAUUUAAAUAUACUUUGUUUUGAAAAUA